UAUACAGCAAAGACAACACAGGACAAAAGCACUGGAAGUCCAUGAGCCAGCAUGCUGGUAGACUUCCCCCAUUCCUCACACUGGUCUCUAAUCUGCAUGCAGACAACUUCUGUGUGGAUAUUUGGAUUUCCUCACCAUAGCAACAGAGCUGCGAAACCGUGCUGUACAACCUUUCAUCAGACAGAGUCGUGCCUGGGCAUCGCACAGCACGCGGGAGCCAGACCAAAGGGAGACAAGAAGAGAGCGGGGAAGAGGACACCGCUGCACCUCAUUCUCUGUGGGAAUUCUCCUCAUUAGGACCAUGACAGCUCAGUUACAACGGCUCUGAAGUGCCAAGGGUCAUGUUCACAGCCGCCGGUCGAGCAGUCAUUCCAGCGCUCAGCUGAGAGACAAAUGGAGGGAUGCAACAAUUUCACUCUUUGCUCACCAUGAUCGAGCCUCUCUAUGCUGAAUCCUUUUGUGUCAGACCGCCAGGAUUCGAUCAAGCGCGGGUUAAUUGCGAGAGAGCGGCUGGAAAAGCCCCCCUCCUCUUCCACACUGCCAAUCUGUCCGUGCCUCCGGUUUUCCACUCAUUCUGUCUAUAUGGUCUCUGUUUACCUCUGUCUGCUGAUUUCUCCACCCCUUUCCCUCAGUCUCUCAUGCUUUGGCGCUCCCUCCCACAGCUCGCUAUCUCUCCUCCCCUCGUGCCUUCAAAGCCAGCAGUCUGCUCCUCACUCCAGGGCUGCUUGCUACAUGAUCUCUCGGAAAACAGCGUGCACACCUUUCUAGAGUUGCUCCAUGUGCAAGUCUUGAGAUUUCUUGCCCAGGACGGCAGGAUGCUCCUGCGCUGGCACUGAUUCCUCUAUUUCUCUUCUCGACUUCCCCUUCCCCUCCCCUUUCCUCAUCUCCUACCCUCUGACCCUCAUCCCCUUCACCCCUGUCCCUCUUCCCUCUCUUUUCCAUUUCUUUAUUGACCAUGUUGCCAUGUGUCUACCGGCUCCAGCCUGUCCUCGCCUUGCUCUCCUUCACUUUGUUGACUCAAGGGGAAAACUGUCCAGCCACUUGCCUUUGCCCAGACCCUCACACUGUGGACUGUAGUGGGCGCGGACUUACCCGUCUUCCAGAGGAGAUCCCCUUGGACGUGCGGAGGCUGCUGUUGGCGGACAACUGGAUCCCGCGGAUUCCUUCGGACUUCCUUGUGCUCUACAGCGACUUGGUCUACCUGGACCUUCGUAACAACUCACUUUCAAACAUUGAGCCUGGAACUCUUAGCACUUCCUCCAGGCUGGUUUUUCUGGACCUUGGCUGCAACAACCUGACGGAGAUCCCCAAAGGGACUUUUGGAGAGUCAAGGAGCCUAAUUAAGUUGCGCUUGGGCAACAACCCAUACUUGAGCAUGGUGAAUGAAGAUGCUUUCAUGGGUCUUACCUCUUUGCGUGAACUAGAACUAGAACGAAAUGCCCUGUCCGGGCUACAGGUGGGCGCCCUGAGCCAGCUGCCCUCCCUCCGGUUAGUAAGGUUAGAGGGCAACCCUUGGGUGUGCAACUGCAACUUUGCCAACCUGUUCACCUGGCUGGUGGAAAACAGUCACAAGCUUCCCAAUGGUAUAGAUGGUAUGGAGUGCUCUUUGCCCACGGAUGGACGCCGCGUGCCUCUAAGCCAGCUCUCCCAGGACAGUUUUCGGGAGUGCCAGAUCACCCUCACCCUCACCGAUUUCCUCAUCAUCAUCUUCUCGGGCAUCUCCGUCUCAGUGGCCGCCAUCAUGGCCAGCUUCUUCCUGGCAUCCACCGUCCACUGUUUCCAGCGCUGGAGCAAGGGCACUAAAGGAGAUGAGGAGGAGAGUGAAGAAUGAGGCAUGAGAAUGACCUUCAGUAUGAUUCAGAGCUGCUAGAUCUUGACACGAGUUCAACAAACAGCACGAGUGAACGGACACCAGGUAGAACUUGAGCAGAAAUAACUCGAGUGCUAAUAAAUAUGGACGCGGUUCCCUCACAAUCAAAGGAUAGCAAGCCUUAGUAUGCACAACUUCCAGGGAUUUACGUGUUAAAGGAAAUUCCUCGAGAUCUUGUCCUGCAGUAUAGUUCUCAGUGUCGUUGUCUGUAGAGUUUCUUCCUUUGUGUAGUCAAUAUAAAGUUAGCAAAUUAAACCGUGCUACUUGUUGAUUGUGCCAAAUUAGCACAGGUAGGCAGCGAUGGUUCAGACGAGCACUGAUGAUGAAGAACAGUGAUAUGAAGUCAUGCAAGGUGAGUCAGAAGUCAAACGAUUCUGCUUUAUCCAGCCAAGUGUUCAUGACGGAAGCCAUUUUCCUUCCAUUUUGGCUGGAAUAUGAGCUAAGAGAGAUUUCAGAAAGCCUCACCUGAGAUUACAAGUUUAGAAUAGAGCUUCUUGUUAAUAGUCGUGUCAAAUGCCGCACUUUAAAAUGGUCCUACCUAAGUUAGACUGGCCCUCAAACCACCAGGUUACACUGGUUCUGUCCAGAUCUGCCAAAGAACGCUUCGACUGAGGGUUUUCAAAUAUAGAUUUAUUUUUCUUUAAAGAAAGUCUGUGAUCUUAGCAAAGAUUGCAUUUAUUUCGCGUAAUUAUGGUAAUACUCAUAUAUUUACCCUUAAUGUGACUAAAGACAAUAUCUAUGAGAUGGAAAUAAGUACAUACUACAGAUGUCAUUGUAUUAUUCAUGUCUUAAAGGUGUAUUUGAAUAAGAUAUACAGUAGGCCCAAAAUGUAUUUUGACAUUUGAAGUCAAGCACACGCAUUGCCAUUGUCAAUACCUAACAAAAAAAUCAACAAAUCAACACAUUAAAGGUGCUGCAAGUAAGUUUUUGACUCUUCUAAAGUAUAAAAAUACCAUAAUAUGUUUGUAGAUAUUUAGGAAACAUGCCAAGUGAACAUACUUGUUUAUUUGAAAAACAAUGCUGAAGUCAGUUAUUCUGCUUUGAAAAUGGACGUUCUGUGCCAGAGCGAUGUCUUUGUUUUGGAAACUUUAACCCACCCAAUGCCAGUUUAGCCAAUUAUAUUUCAGCACCCUGGGUUGCCUUGGUAGAAAAUAGCGUAAUUUAUUCAGAAAGGGUCUCAAAGCAUGUGUCCGUGACCGAAAUGCGACCUCCAGUGGACAGUAGCAGACUCCGAAAUGAGACGCUGAUUCAGAGUUCCACAUGAGGUUUUUAAUUAGCAAAUAAUAUAAAUAUUAUGAGCAUAAACAUAAGGUGGGCAGGUUACAUUGUUACCCCGUGUCCUAACAACACGCUACGUGACAAAAUUUGCAGUGAAAAGAAAUUUGGCUGUUUGCAUCAGACAAAACACAACAGAAAUUUAAAUUCAGCCAUUCAGAAGCACAGAAUAUGCAGUUACUCACGAGAUGGUAAGGUUUAUUAUCUAUUUAAUACAUAUUAAACCCCUUUAACAUUAUUAAAUGCACAUUGUUAGCAUUUAACUGAAUAAAGCACAUGAGGUGUACCUGAGGUGAUCAUUGUCAGAUUUCUGUUGUUCACCUGUGAGAAAUAGAAGUCGUUUCCAAUAUAUCAAUUUGAGGUGUUGGUUAGAACAAAAACUCCUUUUAAUAUGGAAAAUAUUUCUUCUAUCGCAUGUCGUUGCUUUUACAUAGAACACGAUUUAAAUCAGCCUUUAGGUUCGAUCGUCAGACUCAGUCCUUUUGGUCCUCAAUCUGGCAACCUGCGCUUGCAUUUGUUUUGAUCCAGGAACACAAUACCUAGUUCAACCACUGGGUGUCAAACUUACAUACUGCACCUUUAAAUGAAAAUGAAAUCAAAGUGGCUACAUAAUUGAAACAAUAACAAGUUGUUCUCAUUGCUGAAUUUGUAAGUAUGACUUUAAUGUCCAAAUAUAUUAUUGAGGUCGCUGUAUAUUUAUGUGUCUUCGGAUUGCUGUCUAGUGUCGACUUAAAAUAAUACAGUGUAUAACUUAAUGGCAUACAUAUCUGUUCAUAAUGUCGAUCCCAUCAAUUCUGUUUAUUCCAUGAACAUGAUUCUGUCAGUAGACAAAAUAGUGGGGGAAACAAUAUUCGAAUGUCACAAAAAGACAUUUGAUUGUUUUUGGUUUCCUUUACCAAAACUUCUGUCAGUCUUGCUUCUUUCAUAUCCUUAUUUGAAAGGGCUUCAUUCGUACUUAUAAUUAAUUUGUUAAAAUAUCUGGCACAAUUUUAGCAAUUAUAUCCCAUUAUUUCUGAACAUCCUCCUUUCCAGAUCCUCUAGAUGUGCUAUUUUGAGAAUAUAAAGCUUUCUUUUUUCCCAGACAGGUAUCACAACUUCAUUUUUGCAGUGCAUGAAUAAUUAAAUGGAUGUGUGAAAUGAAGCAGACAGUGUGCUAGCCUUCAGACAUGUUGGGGAUGAAGAAAGGGGAAAAAAAAGGAUUGGAAAGCUGUCUUAUUUUAUAAUCAUUUUAUUCUGCUCACGCAUCCUCAGCCAUCGUAUUUUGUUGGAUGUAAGCACGAGCGCAUAUUAAUGCAAUGUAAAUGUUGUAGUGUCAGGACACGGUUGACCCAUAUGCACAAUCUAAUCUUUCAAAGCUAGACUGUAGCAUGGUAUCAUCAGCAGAACUCAAAUAUUUGCAGCUAUAAUAUUUGUCAUAUUGAAUGACUUCAUAUGUUUUUUCCCUCUUCAAAUAGCUGUUCAUGCAACCACAAAAUCCAGUACAUUUAUCAAUAUGUGUGUAUUUGCAAGUGAAAAUGAGGUAUUAUCUUUAACUAUUCUAAUUAUAAUCGAAUGUUAUAGACAUUUACGAUGCCAUGAUUAUAAUGUUGUUGAGUAAUGAUGUCAGUUAUAGGCUGAUCUCUCCAUGGUUUCCUGCUGAAAUUUCCAAUGGGUUUUCUAUAAUUAGCUUUUUGAUUUUGCACAAUGAAUUUAUUUAAAAAUGAUAAUAAAAUAAAUAAAAAAGCAUUUUUGUUCCACGAUAUAAACUAUACAGUUUAAACUGUGGAAGCUCAUUUCCACCAUAGAAUAAAACUAACACAAUUUAUAUAUUGUGAUUCUUCAAUUUAUCUCACAUUUUAAAGAAGAAUGCAUGAGAUAAACUCACAAAUCUGAGAAAAAAAAGUGAGAUUUGGGAGAUCUUUUAAAAAUAGUGUAGAAAAAUAUAGAACCUCAAAUAUAGAACCAAAUAUAAAAACUAUGUAUGACUAGGCAGGGUGUGGCAUCAAUUGGAGCAGAGGAGGGACCAAACAAAGGAACAAGCAGCUGCUUCCUGCAGAAAGACACAGAACACUUCCCAAAAAUAAAAAGAGCAGUAUUAAUACAUAAAGGGACAUAACAGCAAUGUAACUACAUUUAUAAUGUGCUAAAAUGUUUUAUAUUUAUAUGUAAAUAUAUAGAAAAAUAUAGAAAUAUAUCUCAGUUCUAACUUUCUCACAACUCUUACCUCUUCACAGUUACUAGUUAAUAACUGCAAGAUGUUAACUAAAUUCUGAGAGGAGUGAUUUUUUUUUUCAUUGUUUAUUCAGUGGAACAAAAAAAAUCCCUUACAAAUAUCAAAUGUGAAAAAAAGAAAGUAUUUUAAAACCAUACAUUAAUAUAUGAAGUCAAUCAUUGUAUAAGCGCUAUACAAGUAAAGGUGAAUCACAUGUAACAUAAGCAUCUUAUUUAAAGUCAAUAAAUCAAAAUCUGCUGACUCAUUUGAAAUUCCUAAGGGAAACCUUGAAGGAAAAGCUGUUAAUUGAAAAGCUGUUCUACAAACAAAACAGCAGCUGAUUUCUCACAGAUCAUUGCACAUGACAGAAUGCAUCAGAUUUGCAGAAUCAAUACUUUCCUUCAAUGUCUAAAAGAGCAAGUCCAAUAUAGCGUGUUCACUGCUGUACCGUCUGUUUCUGAAUGCGGUAUAUGUGUCGCUGCCCAGAGCUCCAGCAUCAGUCAUAUCAACUGUCACACUGAGCGAUGUAGUAAAGAUGUGUGUUGCAUCAUAGCGUGCAGUAUAUUUGUUCUCAGUCUUAACUGAACACCACGUAUACCUAGAAAACCAACUACUAUGUAGUUAUAGUGCAACGAAAGUGAGGGGGAAAAUAAAGGUUUUUCCUGCAUGACCCAAUGGCGACAUCAUCCAGUACUUUGUUUUUUACUCCAUAUGGCAGUGCACUGUUGAUGAAAUACAAUAUAAUAUUAAACAGUAAACUAUU